GUCUACCAUGAAAUCGAUUUUCAUGCAAACAGGUUUGUCGGGAAUGGAGGAAAACGGCCGCGGGGAAACGCUAUGCAAGGUCUGUGGGGACAAGGCCUCCGGGAAGCAUUACGGAGUGCCGAGUUGCGACGGAUGUCGGGGUUUCUUCAAGCGGUCUAUCCGCAGGAAUUUGGAUUACGUGUGCAAAGAGAACGGGCGCUGCGUCGUGGAUGUAUCGCGGCGCAACCAGUGCCAAGCCUGCCGUUUCACCAAGUGUCUUCAGGUGAACAUGAAACGAGACGCUGUACAACACGAGAGAGCGCCGAGGAGCACGUCUUCUCUCGUUGCGGCGGCGAGGAGGACCUCUUCGGGGCUUUACACGGGCAUCCCUAACGUCUAUCAUCCUGCAAGCAGCACCUACCACCCUCUCCUAUAUCCGGCUUUGUUCCCCUUUAAACCCACGGUUCCAGCAUUUACCCCGUCCGUCGCGCAUUUUUUGCCACGACCAUCUCCGGAGUCUUUGUCCAUGACUACCGCCAAGGAAGACGAAGUCACCAGCUCCGAGGAAGCGGCAACAGUCGAUGUCAGAAUUGAAUCGAAAGAGGAAUUAGUAAGCACUCGCUUGGCACCGCCGGUUAUCACUUCCGUCUCAUCAGAAUACACCAUGCAAGGCUUAUCUCUCCUGCCGACCGAAAAUAUCUACGAGUUCGCGGCGAAGCUGCUUUUCUUCGCCGUGCGAUGGGCGAGAAGUAUACAUUCUUUUCUGGAACUUCCUUACAGAGACCAAACUAUCCUUCUGGAGGAGUCGUGGAGCGAGUUGUUCGUGCUGACUGCCGCGCAGUGGAACUUUCCCGUGGAUGAGACCACCCUGGUGCCCGUGGACCUGCCGAUAGAGCGGAGAGAAGUUCUCCUCGAUAAAGCGAGGAGGCUGAGGGAGCUCUUAGUAAAGUGCGCCGCGUUGAGGGUGGAUCACUCGGAGUACGCGUGCUUAAAGGCCAUAGUCCUCUUCAAGGCGGGUGAGCAAGUUAGGUCCGAUCUCUUAGCUGUCCACGAACUGCUCAUUUCGGCCGAUUUUUGCGAGGCACCGCCUAUUAUCUCCUACUCCAGUCAUCUAACAACCGUAACCAAGCGCGCGGCGCUCAGCUUCAGAUCCAUCGUAGAGUCGCGAAACCUCUGCGAGCCGGGGCGAGUGGCGGCGUUGCAGGAGCAGACGGUAGCGGUGUUUUGCGAGAGGGAUGCGCGCAGGGUGGGUCGAUUGUUGCUGCUCUUACCACCGGCGCGUGCACUGUGCCGCGCCACCCUGCACGAGCUGCUGUUCAAGCCGACGGUCGGCGACGUCAGCGUGGAGCGACUGCUGGGCGACAUGGUCGGCGCCCUCAGGCCCGCCUAACUGCCGGCACGAACGCACCCCUUUGCUCUCGCGAUAUCGGUGCCGUGUAUGUUUUACCGACACCCUUUUGUCGGCGACGCCGAAAAUCAAACCGGGCGAUGAUCAUGUCGAGAUAAAAUUAGAAUACACUUUCGCGUUGAUCGUCCAUAGAAGAACUACGCAAUUUGCAUGGAAAACUACGUUUGUUUUCAUCUGCCUCUAAAUUGUUUUUGCCUUCUUCAAAAAUAAUUAACAGAGAAGGUAACGAAGAACGCAGAGAUAUCCUGACCGACUUCGACGUCGUGGGAGUCACGUAAUAGGCUAGCUUAUCGAAUUAUGAUACGCUGCACGGGCCGUGCCGAUAAAAUUUGCAAAACGAUGGUAAAAAGAUACAGCAGGAGGGAAGCGCUCGAGAUUUCAUAACGCAGCGACAGUUUCGCCUGCCAGAAUAUCGAUUCGCGAUGGACAGAAUUCUGGCGCUAUUGUCAAUCGCAUCAGUUCUUUCCGUUUGUGUAUGUGGUAUUAUAUAUAUUAUAUAUACACAUAAAUGGGCUUUGCGCAAUGUAAUAUUUAUGCACCUGAAGUGGACACAUAUGUACAUACCUGUCCUAGAUAUAAAUAACUUUACCGAUGACCGUAGCGCAUCGUAAAUGAGAUGUAAUGCAUAUUAAAGCGACACAGACGCAUAUUCAUGUAAUUACUUAGCUAAUCGAUUAAUGGUCUCAUUUAUUCCGUUCCCCGUGCCACUAGUCAGAUAUACCUGAAGCGGAAAACGAUCGCCGUCGUCGUUACUCUCUCGCUAAUGUUAUCUCUAUAGUAUUACUUCCUUGCUCUAGAGCGACCGAAGAUUAUCUAAUUGCGAGCCGAUCGCUCACUGAUGCCUAUCGCAUCGUAUAUCGUUUCGAAAAAUUGUCCUCUGUAGUAAUUAAUAAAAUUAAUUCCUUUAGAAAAGACCCACGCGCACUUUUUUCUCUUCCUCAAAAUAAUUUUUCUCCGUAUUAAAAGCGCUUGAACAAUGUAAUUAAGGAUUUCCAAUUGAAAUCGUGUUACGAUGUGUGUUGCAAGUUUUACGUUCUAGGUUUCAGAAGAGACGAUUGUUUUUAAUAGUAAGAAACGGGUUGCAUAUAAAUCAAAUGUUUUAUCAUAAAAUAGAGUUAUGCAGAGAGAAUGUAUUAUCAUGAUUCAUUUUGCAUUGGAUAUUUCAGUUGAAAGUUCUUAUACUUUUUCUUCUCGCGAAUAAAAAUGAUAAUUAGCACGCUGGAAGUCAUUAGCAUAAUUGAUAUGGAAAGACGAGGGGACGACAUACAAACGGCCAUUUUUUUAUUAACUAGAAUAAUUUAUUUUUCUCUCAUGGUAGAAAAAGGAGAAUGUAUCUUAACUCACGAACUGCAUUGUACUUAUAUAUAUACAAUUACAUACAAUCCUCAAUUGAACGUUACACAUAAACUCAUUACACAUCCAUUUCUCAUUACUUCCUUGUCCUCGUGAAUGCAUUCCCGAAAGAAAGAACUGCUCGCUAUAUUAUCCGAAAAUACGAUCUGCCGUGGUCCGGUUGUUCAGCAGAGAAAAGUCAUCUCGAUUGUAAAUGUAGUUGCGUGUGAAUUCUUUUCUUAUUUCUGCGCGUGGGUUGAGAGAAAGGAGACAGGGAGAGACAAUGGAACAGAGUUCAAGAGGGAAAAAGAUGGAACAGCGGAGAACUCUGCGGGAAGUUUUCGUACAAAGGAGCUGCGCGCGCGGGGGUGUAUCUGUGUGCGUCUGUACAUGCGUUGCAUUCACGUGUGUAUGCGUUUACAGAUGGAAGGAUUUUCGGAUGGACGUUAAUUAUCGAUGGGAGCAUUUCGUGACGGAAAGAUUUUCGAGGCUCACAUUCGCAUUAUCCCGUCAGCUCUCGGUAUCUCCGUCUGCCGAAUCGCGCGUCGCGAUUCUCGUUCGUGUGUAACCAUUCUCGGACAGUUAAGAUUAUUGAUAGCAAGCGGUAGCUGGAAGAAAACGAAAACGCCCGACCGAGCGAUGGCUCGAGACAAUUCUCGACCACGAUUUCUAGCACGAGGGAGGUACAUUUCAACUUGCGGUGUGCGCUCGAGCAACUUCUUAAAUAUGUCUCGAACGAAACUCGGGAUUAUAAAGCCUUGUCGCGUGACAAAUUUCUCAGAAAAUUUUCAAGUUAUUUGAAAUUUCCUCCCUUUAUUUAAAACUCUUUGAAAAUGUUUGCCGUAAACCGUUCGAAGCUUCAAAUGUAUCUCUCCCUCACUUUUGCUCUGCCCUGACUCGCUCGGCCGUUUUGCUCGAAUCUUUUCCAUCGUUUUUAGCAUCUAAACGGAUAUUACUUAAUGAACAAACGAACAAACAAACAAAAAUAGAAGAGAAAGAAGAGAUCUCUUUUCGAAAUCUACUCGUGAGUUACCUGCUCUCUUCCGUGAUCCGCCGGUCGCUCUUUAUCAUAUAUGUGUUACAUAUUUAUAUACUGUUCUCCUUAAUAGCAGUUUUUUAACGCGCUUACAUUCAAAUAGACUUUUAUUAGAGUUACACAGUUGAUUUGCAAUUAAACCUGAUUCACCUGCGUGUACCCAUUAUCUUCUCGUUCAUCCAUUACACUCUCACUCUCUUUCUCUCUCUCUCUCUCUCACUCACUCACUCACUCCCCCCCUCUCUCUCUCUCUCUCUUUCUCUAUUUUUCUAGUUCUUCUUUUCAUUUAUGUGAGGAAUUGUUCUCGUUCUCGUUUGCCAAUGCUCGCUUACGCGCAUGCUUCACCUCGAUCCUCGCUUCAGCUUCCUCGAAUCGCGUUUAUCGAUCGGAGUAAUUAAAACAACCAGAGAAACGUAAUAUCCUCUAAUGGUAAAAUCAACGGUAAUUAGUGAAGUCAUUAAUUAAUGGCAAUAGAUGACUACUUCAAUUAUUGCUACAUCAAGCAUUUACCGUGCGCGUUAUUGAGUUAAAACGUAUCGUACAUCUUAGCUACAAUUCAACGUUCGUUUGUGCAAUUUCGGCAAGAGACAAGCAGUACGAUGCACCUCAGGCGCAUCUGAAUUUUUAAAGAAGUGAAAAAUUCCCGUGCCGAAUCGUGUACACUUCAUAUUCAGGAUCGAUUGAGGACCGAGGCUCGCAGGCGCGUUAACGUUUACAAAGAAAAAGACGUGCGUACAUUCGUGUUCGCUGAAUCUCUCAUCUUCCUGAUUUCCUGUCGCUUGAAUGCGCGACGAAAUAUCGCCGACGCCUUACUUCUACCUUGGCCCUUUCCUUUCUCUUAAAAGAUAAAAAAAAUGAAUCAAACACAACGGCAUUUCUACUAUUUUCCUCCAUUUCAACACUAAUAUGUAAGGACAAAACUAACAGAUUUCGGCGUAAUAACAAAUCGCCGUGAGCCGAAGGUCCGAAAGGAGUUCCGAGAGAGCAAAUCUGUGCAAGUCCGGAUUUUCGGGACGUUCGCACCUUCUGCGCAUUUUCUUCGCAAACUCGGAAGUUUCGGACGAAUCGGCAAACAGCGAAAUAUAACAGAUUGUCGGCUCUGACGAUCGUCGUUGCGGAUUCUCGACGAUGCCCUUUAUUCGCAAUCGCGAACGAUCGAUUAUGCUUAUCAUCCUCUCUACCUUGUUCUCUGCAAAAUCUGGAUUACCUCAUCGUAAUCCUCUUUUUUCCCAGAGAAGAUAAAGAUAUUGCGAUAUCCUUCUUUCUCUGAUGAAAAAAAGGAGCUUCUACUAUCGAAAAAUUGCAAUCUCCUGUGAAUUUCCAGAGAAUUGAUGCGACUCCCGAAAGCGUUUGGCAGUGACGUUUCGCCUUAUUAAUUAAUAUUGAUAUUAAUGAAGGAUGCUUAUAUCCCUUCUCAGUUUUUCUCGAUUCGGGGCGCAAUAUUCGCUGGAAUUCCGCGAAAAUAAUCUGUUGGUAAAAUCUGAUCGUUACCGAAUUUGCGUAGAAAUUUGCAUGACAGUUAAAUGUGACGAAAGAGCAGGGAAAAAAUUCUGCGAUCACGAAUAUUGGAAAUUCUCGAGAAAAGUCCGCAACUUCGGCGACCCUAUACUAUAUACAUUUGCGAGGGGGAGCAAGCACCCGCGGGACAUCGACGCCCGAGAAAAAAAGGGUUGCAGUCGAGUUCCCGGGAGUGCUCCAUCCCCCUCCCCGACAGAGCACGCAAACGCAAUAAUCUAUUAUCUCGUAAUUGUUUAUCGUCGUCGUUACGCUCGCACGUUGCAAUUAUUUUCUAUUGUAUGGGGGAUGGUGGGGCGUGGGAUGGGGUUCCUUUGCCUGUGAAAUUAGCAUAAUCGUCGCGCGUUGCUAUGACCGUACGUCUCGCUUCGCACCGGUGCGUUUCCGAAUUUGCAUCUGGCACCUGAAUUCGCCAGGUCCGCCAGCGAUGACAAGCGCAGAAUCUGCUGCUUCCCACUUCGAGAAUAAUUAGCGUUACAGCGAGUCGACAAUCGUUUCAGACACUUGCCUCGACCGACUUGCUCUCUGUGCACGCAAUUUUUUCUCCGCCUUGCGGAAGGAAAGAGGACGGCUCGGAUGGAUUUCUCGCGGAUAGCAUUAUCGAUUAGGGAAGAAAAUACCCGUUUACGAACGGCGCUGUCGUAAUCUUCAGCGAUAUCGUGAUUUCAAUUGAUGCUUUCUCUCUCUCUUUCUCUCUGACGAACUUCAACGAACGGAAAUAUAUUAUUUGCAUCACUUGCAGCUCGCCUCUCAAUUGUUAGUUUUCGAAAGAUAAUUUUUUUCCAUGAGAGAGAUUUGUGUAGAAUCAUCUUUGAAAUCACAAUGUUACAUACCAUAUAAAUUAUCUAUCAGACCUAUUGUCACUCUAUCAAUUUUUAAAUCAAAUUUUCUCCUAAAGAAAUUCUUAACAUCGUUAGAAGAAAAAUUUAGAUUCGCACGAAAUUGGAAGAGGCAAACGAUGACUUAUGGAAUUACAUCAAUUAAUUUCAUCGGUUCCGAUAAAUUCUGGAUCGGAUCGCUGUAACGCUAUUCAUCUCCCGUUUCUCUCGGCUUCGUUAAAAUAAAAUCUCGUUUCCUUAUCGAGCAGAAUUACGCGCUGUACCAUGUCGGGUGACUUAGGCUCGCGUUAAUAGCUUCAGAAUCUGCGAGGUAGUUUGCGUGUAGGCGCGUCGCGACGCCGGGCGUCUCGACGCCGGUGCUUUCAAAUCCCCAUUGGUCUAUUGUAACAACUAUUGCACAUAUAUGAUUUGAUAUAUAAUGUGUGUAUAGAAAAAUCGCGUGACAUUCGAUCCGUGAUAAAAACACAGGGUGCGUAGAAAGACAUGGUUCUCUUUGCAAACUGCAAAUAUUAAUCGUAGUUAAUUAAUUAACAUGUAAUAGGUACGUUUAAAUGCCAUUCGGUUUCCAUAACUCCCCCGUCGUUUCUCUCAUUCUCACGCUCUUUCCCACUCUUUCUCCCAUUCUCUCUUGUUCCUUUCACUCUCGCACUCUUUCUCGCACGCACUCUAAAUCUCCCACGCAUUCUGUUAUCUCCGUUACGUAUUGUAUUAAAGCAAAGGACAAAACUGCAAAAUAUAUAUGGCGCAUGUGGUGUAGAUAUAUAUAUGUGUAAUAUAUAUAUGUGUAUUGUAUAUAUAUCGAUGUAUAUAAUAUAAAUUUCUAUGGUAAAUCUGGCUUGUCAAUAAACUCUUAAACAUUUAUUACAGGCGGAGAGAAUCGGUUCUUUUUCUUCCUUCUCCAUAGCGUGUGUACAGCGCAGUACGCACUUAAAAAACUUUCGCACACGUCCGGACCGUAAGGAAGCAGAGAUCUGUCGAAAGUAUUGAAAAGAUUCUCCGUGUAUUGAGACGUUUUAAAAAUAUAGCGUUUCUUUAUCAACUUAGCAGCUUCUUUCCUUCGGUCCAGACGCACGGCAAGUUCCGGUUUAAGCGUGAAACACGUAUGUAUUCUUCGCGGAAAGGAACACGCGUGCUGAAGAAAUACAGCACGCGCGGUACACUGAAAGAUAACGCGGCUGUGAAACGUAACGAAUUCUACUUCACCCUCGUCCUGCACGUCUGUUUUUGUGUCUGUCGGUGUGGCUCGCUUUCAACGUCUUUCUCUUCGCUCAUCAAAAUGAUUCAUGGCAAUUCCUCACUCGCGUGUGCCUACUAAAUUUAUGAUCCGAAAAACAUAAACACCUUUAGCGGUUGCUCUCCCUCCAGAAGUGGUAUCCUUAAAACUUCCCGAAAACGAUUUCUCGCUUAUUCGCAUGCUCCUAUUGGGCACGGAAAAUUCCCGAACGUUUCUUUCAUUCUCAAAGAAAGUUUCAAAAAGUCGAAAUGCUCGCGGCGGUCGUUUCGAAAAAAUCGUAUCCUUGCAAUCUGGCUUCUAGAUUUUCAGACUAGAACGACAACAGAAGAUGUAGUUUCCGAAGGGUGAGCAUGAUACGAUCUCCCCGAAAUACCUGGCGAUCUCGAUAAUAAUUUAGCGAAGCGUUAGACGGAACUUGAAUUUCGCAUCUGGAGGAAAGCCGUCCACUACUUUCUUUUUCUGCCUUAUCAUAUGCCUACGAACGUUUUAUUUCCUAUGCUUUCGUGUACUUAAUAAGGGUUAUUCAUAUAGAGUAUGUAGUAUGUAGUAAACAUUAUCCACUAAAAACACUGCAGCUUUCUUUUCUCCUCGACCGAAAAGUUUUAUGCGUCAUGUGUGACACUGGAUUUCUACGCAUAUGUAUGUAUGUAUUUAUGUGUGUGUGUGUGUGUGUGUGUGUGUGUGUGUACGUUUGCUUUUGUGAGUGAUGAGAUCUGCGUCAAUUUGGUGAUUCGAAAUGGCGCAAUUGAGUGUGAAGGGUGCUGAGAAAAAAAAAACAACGAAUGACGAAGAAACUACUCUACGUAAUGUAAAAGGAGAAAAGUCAACGGAACAAAUGCCAAAAAGCAAACGAAAAAGAACCGUAACGCGACGACGCACAAAAUUUUGCGAGUUCAUGCGGAAAGGACAGCUCGCGAAAAGAGGAUGAUCUUUGAAGGAAGAAACACGCGUUCCUCAUUCGGAAAGGGAAAAUGUUCCCUCCGUUUCUCUCCCUCUUAUCUUUUAUUUACACGUUUACGAAUGUCCCACGUGUCUCGGGUAUUUUUUAAAGAGCUACUUCAAAGCAAGAGAAUUAGCAACAAAUAAAUAAUUUACUCGACAUGCUGCAAGUUUCACGAUAAUCUAAGACUUUGCAUACAAUCGUUAUACAAGUAUUUUAAUUAAUUAUGGAUUAUUUCUUCGGUAUAGAAAGUCACUUUAAAACAAUCUGAAAAAAAGGGAAUGGGUCGUUCAAUUUUUCGUCAGAUAAAUUUUUUUGGAAAACAAACGAGGAACAUUUCGCGUUUCUUUUGGCGUUUGCAAAGAUCAAGAAACAAAUUGUCGAACACACAAAAAUAUAUAGUAGCUAGUAGCACUAGUAGUAAUAGGAGUAAUGGUAGUAGUAGUACGUAGCAGCAAUUAUAUAGAACUUUUUCCUCUACAGAUAGAAAUAGUAGCGAUUAAAGUAAACUAAAGUAGACAAAAAUGAAUUAAUUACGGCGAAAUUGUUUUAACCGCGGGGGGGGGAGGAGGCUCGAUUUCCCUUUCCCUCGACUUGACCGAGACAGUCCUCUCGGUCGCUAACGUUCCCUCGAUCGCAAAGAAUCCCGCCGGAAUUAAAAUAAAAAAAAAGAAAAACAAAAGGACUCAUUACACUUAAUGUAGCGAGUGUGAAGCGAAUGCAAGCGCGGAGGUUGUCCCCGUCGGCAAUGCACAACCUUUAUAUCUAUAUAUGCGAUAUGCGUAUCGACACCUCGGGGCGAGAACGGUGCGGAAGCGCGAAAUCAAACGAGCUGUACUUUUGUUCGCCCUUACACGAGGAAAGGGGAGGUGAGAAGAUUUAACGGGAUAUACUUUUUCUCUCCGCGUCUACGAGGCUCCGGCCGACCUGACCACGAGGCAUCGAUAUUUCGAUUGAGAAAAUGGGUGGAUCCCCCCCAAUGUUAUCCUCCCUUCUUUCGCUUACGAUUACGUUAUCUCCCUUGAGAUGCAUUGUAUCAUCGUCACUGUAAUCUUGUGCACUGUUCUUCCGUCGCACAUAUCUCUCUCUUUCUCUCUCUCUCUCCCUCUUCCUCAUUCAUUCUCCCUAUGAAUACAGUGUUCCUCUUGCUAUUGUGAUAGUGUUCCUCGCAUUUCUCUUUUUUUUCACCCCUACUUACUAUAGUAACGGCGAGACGGCGCGGCGUCGCCGCGUUCGCUAUGAUUAUCGAUUAAUUAAUUAGUAUUAUUACUUCGUUUAUGCAUGCAACCAUCAUUAUACGUGGGUGUGUGCUUCCUUUCUUCCUCUCCUCGAUUAUCCUCUCCCUCUGCACAUAUCUCGGCGUGCGUAUAUAUAAUUAAUAAUAAUAUGUACGUAUAUUAUAUAAUAGAAAUACAUAUAAAAGUAUAUAUAUAUUUAUAUAGUAUGCGUGUAUUGUGGCAUAGACAUGUUGGUGUCCAUGUAGCAUGUCGCUGUCAUUCGUUUGUUAUGUUACUUCGAAAUUCUUUUCUAAUGCGCUAAUGAGGCUUGGCCCUUCGGUCGCCCUAGCGUCGUGCUGGGUCGGACCGAUUCUUCUGCUGCUACUUCCUCUUCCAAUUCUUCAGAUAUACAAUAUGUCGUGGCUGUUUGUCCUUGUCUGUCUUUUGCUCUGCUGCGCGAAAGCUGCGGUUCUCCUUGCUGGCGUUUCGCCUCCCUUUCUGCAACGGCUUCUUUCUUUCGUUUAUCUUGCUUUCAGUUUCCUUCGCUAUGAUUCUACUAAUUCUUUAUUACAGCGCUUGAGAACCUACUUGCGGUUAAUUUAACAAUCCUUUUCCGUGGUGGCAGUUUUUAUUUUCUGAAUUUGCGCGGUCGUCGUCGAAGCGUCUCGCGUGGUGACGAUCACGCUUUGCAUCUGUCGAUUUUUUUUCUUUUUUAGUUUGAUUAUAUAUUAGAAUUCUUAAUCUAAUCCCUGAUAGAUUUCCUUUUCCGAAUUUGAGAUGUUCGAAGAUUUACAUUGGCUGCGUUCUACGUUUUCUUUCACUUUGAUUAUCUUGAAAUUAUUAAUUCGAUUCGUGGUCGAUGCGAUCUUCAUUUCCGAACCAAUGAUUCAGGGUCCAAAUUGAUCUCUUCCUCGAUGAAGAUUGAUGCUGUUUUGAUUAUUCCAAAAGUUUUAAUUUUAACCUCUAUUCGACAUGUUUCCUCUAAUUGCAGUACUUGAAAAUUCUUCAUCACAAAUAUCUAUAAUAAAGAUUAACGGUUUGAUUAUCUUCUCAAAAUUAUAAUUUAUUAUGUAUUCAAAAAUCCAAAUUUUCUGUUUUCGUCUUCAGGACCGAUAUAUUCUUCCAUUGCUUCAUAUUUCAGGCUGUGCUAUCGCUGCUUGCAUAUUGCUGAAAAAUGUUCUACUGUAUCUUCUCUUGCCGUUCCUUUUCCCGAUUCGCUUUCUCUAUAUCUAAUUUUUUCUUGCCGUUCCAUUAACACGGACGAGAAAUCACGAAGCGAAUUAGCGCCGCGAGUCGAGAGAAUCCUGGAAAAAAUCUCACAUCGAUAAUUAUGGCAGUCCCAAACGUGACGGACAAUUAAUUAUUAUAUAAUCUACUACUUCACUUGAAUAAUUUUUUAAAUAUUAUCAAAUAUAACAAGCCCUAGCAAGAUUUGUAAAAUUGCAAAUAAUUUUGAAAAGUUAUGCAUAAUACCAACGCUAUUUGUCUCGCGAAAUGAAGAAAAAAGAUUAUCUACAUAAUUUUUGUGCCGCGACUAUUACUUUCCGGUAAGGACAAUGGUCUGUAAGACGAUCGAAUAGAUAUGUUCGAGGUCAGGUCGGACGUGGUCGUCGUACAAGGAUGACAGGUCGAGCACGAAGAGUUGAUCUCUCAAUGCAGAGGGUGUAAUGGAAUCCCGCGUUCAAUUUCGUAAUGAGUAAUGGUCCCGUUUAAAUCACCACGCUGGUGGUGGACUGGAUUUGAUCGACAGCCUCGUUACUGGAUCACGAGGUCGGAAGUGAAAGAUCGUGGUCGUUGAAGAGGAGUUUCGCCAGGAUCCGUUCGACUCGCGGCAACGUAUGUACAGAGCGUUACUUUAUGUACACAUGUACAUAUGUACAACGUGCGUUUCGACAUGCUGUACGUUGUGAACAUUGUGGUCGGAGGAUAAUGGUGAAAAGCAAGGUCGGUUAACCCGGCAGUGGUACGGCCCAGGAUUAUCAGCGGGCCGACGAGGGCGAGCAUCCCCGUGGAGACUUUUUUCCUCGAGGGGGUCAGUUUCCGAGCGUAUUCGCGUUAUUAUUACUGGAUUACAGCACAACUCGUGUUUAUUUGUUGUUUUUAUUAUCAAGUAACAUUUCCGCAUAUCUUAUAGCUAUGUGAUUUUUGUAACUUUUGUGUCUGUCCAAUUGAGAUGCGUGCUCCGAUCGAGCACAGUUCACGCAUCACUCACGUCAGACGGAGUUAGAUGAUCGGAAGAAAAUCGAUGGUGCAUUACGUGUAUACAUAUAUUUUGCAUUACUAUUUAUUGUUUAAAAUAAUCGGAACAUGAUCGAUAUGCACUAAUAUAUAGUCGCCUUACUAUAUAUAUAUAUUUAUGUAAUAUAUAUAUAUAUGUAUAUCGAUUAACGUAAAGAGCACCUGAAGACAAAUGAUACCACUGCCGGGCUAAAAGCGGCGUCUGAGCGAUUAUCGGCGGUAGUAUAACGCUGUUUUAUGUUCGGUGUAAAACGUAGUUUCUUCCCGGGAGUGUGUGCGUCGUUUCGAAAAAUCGGUAUCGCCGCAAGCAGGGAAAAUCGCAUGCGCGUGAACAGCUGACAGCUGUUGUCCGUCAUCUACGGACCGACAGCGCGACACUUUCACGAACCGUAGGAAGAAUGAACAAGCGCAUCACGCACGAAUGGUGAAACUAGAAUGGCGGAAAAGAAAAGGAAAAUUAACACACGGAACGUAACGCGUGAGCGAGGAACAAGUGCCCUGUUCCCGAAUUCGUGUUCCGAAGGAGUCCUUCCGCCGAUCGCUCGAGCGUUCUGCCGGAGCUGAUUCUAUCUUCUUUUUCUCGCUCGGUGCAACAAGUGAAUAAACAAAGACAAAAAAAUAAGAAAUAAAGAAAAAACCAAGAUUAAAAAUACGGAAGGAAAACGCGAACAACUAUUCUUUUCUCUUUUUUUGUGCGCCUGGCAGCAUUUUUUUUCACUUUUCGUUUCGUUUAAUUUCAUAGAAUUCUUGUAAAACUUAUGAGGUAGCGAUGGUAUUACGUAAAUUCCCUGUGUUUCUUCCAUUCCUCUCGCGCAAACACGGAGUGAAAGGAAAGAAAAAAAAUUAAGAAUUUGCUUCCUUCUUUUGUAUAUGGAUGUUCCCACUCCGUGUGCGGAGCUUUCUCGCUUUCUCCCGGAAACGGCUAUUUUGGGUUUUAGUAUUAUUAAUCUCGUCUCUCUCGACAUUGUCUCCAGCGUCCGAUCAGUCGCCUCAUCUCAGUGUUGGCAGUGUGUGGACAGCCUUAUGUGUGAGAUACAGUUACUAUCGAGAGGAACGAUCGGUAGAUCGUACCUUGAAUCGAGCUUGAUCGCACGGCGAAAUUUCAUCGUUCCUUCUUUCACGAGAAAAUCCCCGCUUUUCCACGAUAAUCGGAAGAUCGCAAAUUUUACAUUUUACUUAUGAAACAUUUCCGAAUGACGGAAAGCGAUUAUCGUGUCUGGCUAAUUUUGUUUCGAUAUUGAGGUAAUACAAUGAACGUUUAGUACCAAGUAAUUUCUAAAGAUACUCGUUAAACGUGCAUUUCGACGGAACGGAUGGUUUCUGCCGUGCGAUCGCUCUCUUGCGGAUGUGAUCGUUCCUUAGCGUAUAUAAUCAGUCGCAAAAGUUCGGUAGCAAAGUGAGACGAGGCACACCUGUGCGGAAAACUGCGUACAAAAAUGUCGCUCAAUUUUUCUGCUCUCCCAUCAAUUUUUCUUCUCUCUCUCUCUUUCUCUCUCAUUCUCUCGCACAUUCGCACACACACGUACGCGCAUACUCUUGCUCUAAAACUUUCAUUCAUCUCACUCACUCGCUUCAUUCGCCCCGUUCGACGAACGGCUAUUUACGGGUUGCACAUAAUCUGGCACGUCGACUAAUCAUCCGCCUCACGUUAAUUAAGUUUAAGCUUUACAUAUAAUAUAUAUCUAUGUACAACAGAUGUAUAGUGUAUAUGCGCUGCGUAACUAUGUAUACAUAGGUAUAUUUCUCGGGGAUCAUCGGGGGAAGGGUAAAUGCAGUGUAGAGAAUAAGUUACAUAUCCGCGCGGCUCUCCAUCAUAAUGCCCAUUAUUGGCAACAAUAGGAUAAUAAUAGAUAAUACACCGGGAGUCCCUUCAAUGGGCUCCCACCGUCGUCAUUACUUCUCCAUCUUUACCCUCUGUCACACUCUACUUCUCUAGCUUCGCUUAGAUCUUACGAAUUACAUUACAUCCUCCACACACAGUUUCUUCACUCUCUUAGCGUUAACUUGGCGUUAACAAGCGCCAUUCUUCUCACCCCCCUCACUGUCCCUAUCAUCUGGAGGCGCGAUAUCACGCCCAAGGAGCUUAUCUGAUAUACUAUCUGUUUAGCGAUAUCAACCUGUCACAGUAAUAACAAUGCCCAAGUGUGUAUAAUAAGGCCUUCGAUUGCCGCCACGUGCCCGGUCCCAGAAUUGUUUCCCGCGCCGAAAGUACCGAUCAUCCCCCAUUUGAUUUUUCCCAAGGACGUCCGGUCGCGCCCCAAGUGUCUGGAUAAAAAAGAUCGAGAAGAAGAUAAGACACGUAGAUUCUUUGGAUCCUUAAUCUUUCGUUAUGACGAUCAUUCAAUUUUCACAGCUACUUCCGACAACUACUGGAUUACCACGAAAUGUUCCAUUAUAAUCGUAAAAUAUUGACUCGGAUCUAUUUAUCCAGAUAGCUUCGAAGCCAAUCGCGACGUCCGGUCGCUACGUAUUUCCGGAAAGUAAUCGUCAGCCCGUCGAGGAGCGAGGCCACGUCGGUAACGAAACGAGGCCUUCGUCCUCGAGCGAAGCUCGCGAGAGCAAAUCCGAAAAGAGCGACCGCUUAUCCCCGUGAAAUUUUUCCGGCGGCCUUAUCACCGUUCCCUGCACCCGAAUCGCACUUACUCCAAAUCUCUAUCGAAACCCUAAUACUAAAGCCCAAAAUAAUCUACCUCUCCUGGCCGUAAUCUGCCAUCUCUGUUUUACUUUUGCUUUUGUCAAUCACCCCCCAAACUUAGACGCGAACGCGAUCCUCGUCCCGUCGCCGAGCGAGGAGCGCGUGACGCAUAUUUAAUAUUAAAAAUCAGUUUAAAUCACCCCUUAUCGCUAUUAUUACUUAUUAGUCGCUAUUAUUAAUUAAAGACAAGUAUCCUGCAAUCUGUUUGAGUUCCAAACGGGCCGCGGUCGCGCGACCCUGGACGCGAGUUGUCUUUCUCUAAGCGUUGCUCGCGAACGCGAUCGCGGUGAUGCGGGAUCGAUCGUUCGGAUUCUGCAUGCCGGAAUACAUGUACCUAUAUGUAAAUAUAUAUAUAUUUUUUAUAUCAAUAUAUCUUGUCGGUGAAUCGUGAGUAAUGUCGGUGAGAGAGUAAUGCGGAAUAAUGCCGGUGUCGAGAGAGAAACGCUGUUUCUUUCUUUCUCUCCCCUUUCUAUUUCCAGAUGUGCUAUGCGUUACUGUGUGCUAUGCAGGGUAUUUCUCCUACGGCGAUUCCGCGAGAUCGACCAAGUCGAUCGAAGUCUCCAACCGUCUCCAUCCUUUGCCGGGAGGCAUUCGCGAGAGGCCCCCGGUCGUUGGCCGACUUUUAUCGGCUCGAAUCGUCGCUCCGAUCGGCUUGGCCACUCCUCGAGGUUCGCCAUCGGUGAUAAGAGAAGAACCUCUAACUUCUGCUGCGGAGAAACUCCUGUUGUAUGCGUUGCAUGCAUUCGGCUUUGAAGAUCGGGUGCAUCUGGAUGCCGUUCGCAGAGAGCUGUGCUGCGUUCACGACUGGUCCUGGAUUGCGAUUGAUCGAUCAAAUGGAAACGAGAGCGUCCUGGCUCGAGCAUCUCGUUCGUCUGACUCUUUCUUCCUGUCUCUCUCUCUCUCUCUCUUUCUCUCUCUCUCUUUCUCUCUUGUCUGAGUGUAUCCUCGUGGAAAGUCCGAUAUACUGCGAAUCGCGUAGCUGUUACGCGUUAGACGCUCUUUUUAUUUUCUUCCUCUUUUUUUAAAUACCUUUUCUCGCUCGCAGGCGUGUUCGCCUGAGAUUCUGCCGUCUGUGCACUUUUUUCCUCUUGUGAUUUCACUCUCGUAAGUGAUACGAUGCGCGUGUUAAUUGUCAUUCAUCGUCACGCGUUGCUCUGUUAAACUUGCUGAAGAGCGUUCGGCGAUAUCCUGGCGGGAAACGUCGAAUUCUCUGGCGAUGUAGCGAUACAAAACUGCGUGCGAUGAAAGAACGUGACGGAAGAUCGGAUAAAACUGCGUUUCGCGAGAGUCCUUGGAGACACGUUGACGAUGUAAGAACGCGCGUUCGUACAAAGAAAAAUGGAGUACUUAUUACGUUUCGAGGCUUGUACAUUAAUUCAAGCGAUCUUUUACUGUUUUUUUUUUACGGAUUGGGUCUUCCGAUUGUUGUUUCUUUAUGACGAUGAGUUAUUCCUGUCUUCUUUUUCGGCGGAAUGACGUAAAAUUUGACCUUUUUUUUUCGCUCGAACCUCCUAUGUUUUUAACUUAAUCUGCCGGGAUAGUACAAUCUUAGCCGAGCUUAGUAUAAUCUUCACUUUUUACGCGAUCUUCGACAGUAAAAUACUCUAGAAUACUAACAUUUAGCAAUAAAUCGAUUUUGUACAUUUGUUUGUCGAUAUCUCUACCAGUAGAUUAAGUUAUAUUCCUCGCCUCUAACUUUUCGCGCGCCCCGCGGGCGCGCGCAAUAAUUUAUAACGUUAAAAAUUUUCUUUCUUCUUUAAGUUAUUAUUAUAUUAAUAAUUUCAUCUAUUCAAUCAUCAUUUGUUAUUUUGUUUGAUUUGUACAUUCUCUUUCUUUCUCUCGAGCGUGCGAGCGGGUUGUCUCUCUCUCUCUCUCCUUUUGUCUUUCUUUUUCUAUCUCAGUGUUUUCUGAAUGCUUGAGGAAUCGGCUGAAUAAUGUUCCCUUCUUCCGUUUUUUCUUUCCCGAUCAAAGAGGCUGCUUCUAUUUGCUGUCUUCUGAGUGAAAAGUAUGCAAAUUCCAUCUUUUUUUUUCUCAUUUUCAUUCUUUUCUCCUAAUCUUUUGAUCCGAAACUUUUUCUUAAAAAAAAAAGAAUAAAACAAUUCGUCGCAACGAAAAUAUCCAAACUGAAAGACCCGAUGAACGAGCGAAAGGUGUGAGUUUUCGUAUGCGGGGGCACAUCGAUCUGCCCGCGGGAAGAACGCAGCGAUUAACGUUUUCGCACGACUUUGAAAUUGACGUACGCAUUACGUGUCUAUCGAAAGUUUGGAAAAAUUUUGAAGUAACAUCCGAAUGUUCGCCUUUGCGCGCCAUUGACCGGCGACACUAAACGUACCAAGGACAGUAAAUGGAUUCUGUUCCUCUCUCGCCGAAAAAUAUCGGACGCCGCGUUUUAUCCCGGAGCAAAAGCUUCGUUCGCUCAAUUUAGAAAGAGAUACUCCGAAAGAGGGCGGGUGGGCGAUGGUACCCGCCGAAGGCCGGCUCGACGAGGUCUCGACGGAGUCCUCUCCCCGGCGACGACGGGUCUCUGUGAUAGGGGCGAUUCGCGUGUCUCGCUUCGCGUCGUGCUUCUUCUCUCAAGUGUCCGGACUGUUCCUCCUUCAUCGAACUUGAAAUUUUGAACAUACGGGCCAAAAAAAGUAAAUCAAAAAGAUGACGCGUGAUAUGAUAUUGGUCUCGAAGUAGCGUAAAUGAUAUUCGUCGACCGUGAGAAUAAACGAGGGCUUGAUUCCGUAUUUGCUAUCUCCCAUUCUGUAUCCUUCCCCUUGCUCAUUGUCUGCGCGUUCUACUGUAAUUGUUCUCUGCAUUUUUGCCUCUGUUAUCGUUGCAUCCUGUUCCGUUCGGCAAUCUAUUGCUGUGUAGUCACUAGGUUUGCAUGCUGUGCGAACGUGUUUCUCUUGUCCCUUGGCACUUCCUUCCGUUUCGCAACUUCUUUCUCCUUUACAAGCUUUAAUACAAAUCUCUCCCUCUCUCUCUCUCACUACUUCUCCCUCCAUCUUUCAUCAUUUAAAUAUUUACGCUUGAUAAAUAACCGCGUGGCACGGGUCUGGGCGAGGGUACUCCUCUACGGUGGUACGACGCGCAAACAGGCCACUCGUAUAAAACUACGAGGCCCCUGGACUUGCGGGGUCCCGUCUCGCCGACGGCCUCGCCGGGCAGACCCGUGGCCGCCGCUUCUUCGAAAUAUAUUAUUAAAUAUAAUAUACAAAUUUAUAUCCGACUAAGAAAUCUACUUCACGUCGUAAUCUUUUUCCCCCUCCUAAAAGCGAGCGAGCUCAUCGCAAAAAGCUGCGCGCCUCAUCCUCCCGAUUAACUCUUAUAAUCCUCUCUCUCUCUCUCUAUAACGUUAAUUUAUCCGUUUUCCCGCGAAAAUCAUUUCAUUUUGUCACUCCUCUUUCUCCUUCUCUUAUCUUACAUUAAAAAAAACUCUCUCUCUCUCUUUAUUUUCUCACCUUA